UUCAAAAGAGUCAACAAUUCUUCCUUUUUUCUGUUUUCUUAUCCAGAUUACCUGCUACAUAACGUUAAGGAGGAACAAAGGAACCAGGAGAGGAGAUCCACUUUGGACCAGGAGGAGUUAGAACCUCUGCAGGUGAAACAAGAACAGGAAGAACCAGAAGAUCAGCAGAUAAAAGAAGAGCAAGAGGAUCUAGAACAUCGGCAGAUAAAAGUGGAAGAGAAAGAAGUUUACUGCAGUCAGGAUGAAGAACAGAUUGAGUUAAAACAGGAGACUGAUACCUGCAUGGUGGAUCCUGUUGAUGAGCAAACAUCCCACACUGAAUCAGAACCAAACAGGAACCAAGUCAUCUUCCAGGAAGCUGCUGAAAUUGAGAACCAAAAUCAGGAAAGAUGCAAGAUUUUCUCAUGUGUCAUCUGUGAAAAACGUUUCCCUUUCAAAUCUGUUUUUGAUGCUCACAUGAGGAUUCACACUGGGGAAAAACCGUUUUCAUGUGGGAACUGUGGAAAAAGUUUUAGUAACAAAUCAUAUUUAAUUAGUCACAUGAGGAUUCACACUGGUGAAAAGCCGUUUUCAUGUGGGAACUGUGGAAAAAGUUUUCGUCAAAAACGGGAUUUAACUCGGCACAUGAUGAUUCACACUGGUGAAAAGCCAUUUUCAUGUGGGAGUUGUGGAAAAAGUUUUAGGGGAAAAAAGGACACAUGA